GUGCCGUCAAGGUUGCCGUUUUACGAUGAUCCCUUUGUUGAGACCCCGAAUGAAUAAGCAUGGCUCCCCGGACACCUCUGAAUACAUCUGAUCUUCUUCACAGACCUCGAUGAGCUCACUCAUCGGAGAGCCGUUCCAAGUAUCGAGCUACUCUGUUCCAACGAAGACAAGGCACGAAAAAGCACACAACCCUACAUGUGUCUCAUACAGCCGUGAUUUUUCCGGUCAUGCAACAGUGACCGUCCAGGCAGAAGGCAUACAUAUCGUUGAUCUAUCUGAGCUUCAUACAGUGGCCUCGCACACCUGUGGAUCUAACGUGACGUUUUCUGGACCUGCGAGCAGUCGGUGUACGCCAGAGGAUGGUGGGCGCAUAUGCACAACCUAUGCGGUCAUAUCUUCCGCACCGGAGGUCGCUGUGAAGAACAGGAACCGGACGGUAUGGAUUAUGAAGCAAAAAAUAUCAGGUGGCACCUUGGGCAAAAGUGAUAAACGCGAAAUUGUGGUGCCUCACCAAGUCGCGCGUAUCUACUCCGACGAUAAAAGUUCAAACAUAAUACUCGUAUCUUCCGCUGGUGACAUCAGUGUCGCAGACGACGAGUUGAACAUCCAGUCCACUCUCACGUGUCCACAUGAACAAAAUUUCCUGGACGUGUUUUUCUUCCCUGGCACGUCAUGUACUUUUCUGCCGCCUCAUGAAAAUCCCCCGGACAGCGUGGUAGUAUUCUGCUCGAGUUCUGACUCCACGCUGCUUCUGUCCAUUGUAUCUGUCACCGGCAAGGAUAUGACCAUUAUCGGCAAAAACCACUUUUCGACAUCCCAUGGAGUUUCGGGACGGAAAACACAGCAGCACGUCAUCGCCCUUUCAUGUGGUCCCUGUGGGGUGUUGAGCUACAUAAACGAAUCUCAUACUUGGGCUGCCUACCAGCUCGAGAUAAACAGUCCAUCCACAUCCGUAACACAGAUUGGCGAGACAUUAACUCUGGCCCAAUUAUCGCGUCUGAAUGCACAUUCUUUUGGACGCGGCACCUGUUUCCUGUCAAUGGCUUCCUCAUUGGUUCUCCUCGCCACUAUGACUGGUACGCCAUCGUCAGAGAUAUCAAUCCUUCUCUGGGACAUGCGCUACGGUGUAGUUCUUGCAUCACAGGCUAUCCCUAUCCCAUCCGCUCUUGUAUCGAGCAUCAAACUGGGCAUUAGUAUGAGCUUACUACCCGCGGACGCAGGACAAGUAUUAUUGACGUUGUGCCCUGCAAACGUCUCAACGACCGCCCCGUCGACAUCCGAGUCUCCAUAUCGUUCGACAGUUUACAUUAUUCCCCUGGAUCCGAACUUGAAAUCCACCAUCGCUGGUGCGAUCGGGAAAAACCCCGCAACUUCUGAAUGGCUGGCACCGACUCCUAAAGUUGAACCACUAGUGGACAGUGACCCUAGAUCUAAACUGCUUGUCGACAUGGCAAAUCAUCUGCAACACAACGAACCCCAUAAGGCGGAUGAAGCAUUCUUCAGAUGGGUCAAGGAACAUACCUCAGCGAGUGGGCCAUCCUCAAGUAAUGUACUGUCAAUAUCGACACCGGACGGAGCGGCGUCAGAAGCUCUUUAUGGCUACGGCUUUGUCAAAGAGCUUCUAGGCCUCUUCUUUGUAAGGGAGUACACUGACAAGCCCCAGUACUCUCCGCGCGUCACGCGUCACUUGAUUGAGAAUCGCGUCGUCAGCGCAGGCAUGCUAAAAGGCAGGAUUUUCACAGCACUAAAACAGCGCGGCGACUGGGAAAGUAUCAUGUUGGCGUUCAACUCGGUGGUCGAUAUAUCCGAGGACGAGAUGAUCUCCCUAGCCAAGGCGCUUAUUGAUAAGGAGCAAGAGCCACAGACCGAUCCCGAGGCCAUGGAUGUGGAUAGCAAUAAGGCCUGGACCCCGACUCUAUCAGCUUAUAUGCUGGCGUGCGUCUCGUAUCCAACGUCUCCUGCUGCACUCCGUCUGGCCAUUAGAAAACAUUUGCCAGAUGCGCAGGAUCUCAUUCUGAUCUUGGAGUUGUUGGAUGGCUGGACAGUUGGUGGAACCGAGGAGCACAUUCGUUCCCUCUUAAAAUCUGUGGCGUCGAAUGUUGCGAUCGAACACCGUGGCGGGGCGGCCCCUCCAUACGAUAAGACGAUAUCUUUCUUGCAAGUGUUGCUAGACGCUUCGUUUGUUUCCUUGUUGCAGUACCCUCCGUCACACGAACUGCUUCGGAAUAUUAUGUCGCAUAUAGAACCCGAGAUAGGACUUCAUGAGCGUAUGGGGUACCUCCGAGGAGCAUUAGAACCCUUCGCCAAAGCUCAGAAUCGAAUAGUGAAGGAGAGGGCUGAAGGAGCGCCGAGGGAAACUCCGAACGAAUGGAGAAAAAGACGGAAACAUCAAGAACAACAGGUCGCACUCGGAGUUGGGCUGUAUAGAUUGGAGGAACUUGUUAUCUAGAGCAGAUCUGUGUCUCCCAGUUCCUGGGUUGGAUCAGU